AUGGAGCCGAGGGCCGGCAGCUCGGCGGGGCCAUCGCCCUCUUUCAAGGAGGAGCUGCUCUGCGCCAUCUGCUAUGACCCAUUCCGUGAUGCGGUGACUCUACGCUGCGGCCACAACUUCUGCCGGGGCUGUGUGGGCCGCUGUUGGGAGCAGCAGGACGCGCCCGCCUGCCCCGUGUGCAAGGAGCGGGCGUCCCCGGCGGGGCUGCGUACCAACCAUACGCUCAACAACCUGGUGGAGAAGCUGCUGCGGGAGGAGGCCGGCCCAACCCGCCUCCGGGGGCCGCGCUUCUGCCGCCUGCACCACGGCCAGCUCAGCCUCUUCUGCCUGGAUGACAAGGAGCUGUUGUGCGGCUCGUGCCAGGGCGACCCGCGGCACCAAGGCCACCGCGUGCAGCCAGUGCAGGGCACAGCCCGCGACUACCGGGCAAAGUGCAGGAAUAUGGAGCACUGUCUUCGCGAGAAAGCCAAAGCUUUCCGGGCUAUGCGGCGUUCUUACGAGUCCAUCGUCAAGCAUAAUCAGGUAGAAGCUGCCUGGCUCCAGGGAAGGAUCCGACAAGAGUUUGAGAAACUCCGAGAGUUCUUGAGAGUAGAAGAGCGGGCAGCAUUGGAUGCUGUGACUGAAGAGGCUGGGCAGAAGCUACGGCAGGUAGAAGAAAAAAUGAAACAGUUGGCAGAAGAGACAGAGGCCUUGGCUCAUGAGAUUGGGCGGCUACAGAUGGAGAUGAAGGAAGAUGAUAUCUCCUUCCUCAUGAAACACAAGAGCCGAAAACGUAGGCUUUCCUGCACAACUGAGCCGGAGCCCAUCCAGCCAGGAAUGCUUAUUGAUGUCAGCAAGUACCUGGACUCCCUACAGUAUCGUGUCUGGAAGAAGAUGCUGAGCAGUAUCGAAGCUGUGCCCUUCAGCUUUGAUCCCAACACGGCAGCUGGCUGGCUCUCCGUCUCCGACAACCUCACCAGCGUCAGCAACCACGGCUACCGCGUGCAGGUGGAGAACCCCGAGCGCUUCUCUUCGUCUCCCUGCUUGCUGGGCUCCCGGGCUUUCUCCCACGGCUCCCACGCCUGGGAGGUGGACUUGGGUGGGCUGCAUAACUGGCGAGUGGGCGUGGCUCGGACGCGCCGCGAGUCCGCGGGGGACGGGCACUCCCAUAGCUGUUACCAUGACGCCCGCUCAGGCUUCUGGUACAUCUGCCGCACGCGAGGACUGGAGGGAGACCACUGCGUGGCGUCUGACCCAUCGGCUUCCCCGCUGGGUCACGUGCUGCCUCGGCGCCUGCGUGUGGAGCUGGAGUGCGAGGAGGGGGAGCUCUCCUUUUACGACGCCGAGCGGCAGUCCCACCUCUAUACCUUCCAUGGCCGCUUCGGGGAGGUGCAGCCCUACUUCUACAUAGGGGCCGGGAGGGCAGAGACGCCCCCUGAGCCCCUGCGCCUCUGUCCGCUGCGGAUCCAGGUCAAGGAAGAGCUCUAAGGCCCGGGGCACUGGAGUUAGACCAUCUCAUUUUCUGACUCGACACCCUCCCGGUGCCCUUUCCCUAAUAGUCCCUUUCCUUCUCUUCCCCUCCACUACCUGCCCCUGUCUUCUUGCCAGUGUGAGAUAGUAAGGAGAACACUGGUUUUAAGUCGGAGCACCUGUGUUCAAAUCCCAACUCCACCCUUUAUGACCUGUGUGACCUUGGGAGAGUCACUUCCCCUCUUUGGUAUCAGCUCCUAAUUUUUUUUUUAUUUUAUUUCAUUUUAUUUUAUUUUUUAGAGACUAAGGCUCCCUAUCUCACCCAGGCCGGAAAUGCAUCAGCCUCAUGGAGGCUGAUCCAAAUACUAAUGGGUACAGAAGCUUUAACUUACCUUCUUUUUCUCACCUGGGUCACUUUGCCCCUCCUUAAGCAGCCUGGUGCUGCCUCAUCCCUCAUUCUCAAAGGCUCCCCAUAUUGUUACACUUACCUGUAGUUACCCAAUAUGCUUUAGGCCCACUGCAGCCCAGAAGCCCCACACUCUAACCCACCUGCUCAGCAGCUCCCUCUUCCAUAAAACAAAAGAUUUAAAAUAGAUGGCUUUCAUGGGCCUUUCUAGCUCUAAUGGAAUCUAUGAUCCUAGAUCCUUUCCCAAAUUGGUCACCAGAUUCCAACUUGCUCUGUCACAGAGCCUAGAAUAGGAAGAGACUGACCUCAGAGACCAUCAAUUCCAACCCCAUCAUUUUACAAAGGGAUGUUAAGUGACUUACUCAAGGUCACUCAGUCAUCAGCAGAACUGAGAUCUGAACCUAGAUGAGAAGACAAAGGGCACUGAAGCAGCCAAGUUAGGAGAAAGCUCAAGUGCCUUAUGUAUGCUGGGACUCUGGUGACAAGCGCUUUCCACUUGGCUCACCUUAAAUGUCCUAAACUUCUUCCUCUCCAACCUUUCUCUAUUUUUUAAAUUAAAAUUCAUUUUUAUUUUCACAAAGAUUUACCUUUCCUCCCACCCACCAAGAAAGGUAAAACCCUUGUUAAAAACAUGCAUAGGUAGUGGUUAGAGCCACAAGUGUGAGUUCAAAUGGCUUCAGAUGCUUCCUAGCUGUAUGACCCUGGGCAAGUCAUUUAAUACCAUUUACCUAGCCCUCAUACUCUUCUCCCUUAAAAUCAAUACUUAGUAUUGAUUCUGAAACAGAAAAUAAGGGUUAAAAAAAAACAUGCCCAAUCAACCAAAGAAAAUCCCCCACUGACCAUGUGCCAAAAAUAUAUCUUAGCCUCAAGUCCAUCACUUCUCUGUCAGGAGAUUUCAUUGAGUCCUCUGGCAUUCUGGUUGGCCAUUGGGCUGACCUAAUUUCUGACCCUUCUCUUUCUUUCCCUGCCUUUUCAUCUUCUUUUCCCUGGUAGCUAAAGAAAGUUGCUGCAGCCCCAUUCUCAGUGCCAUCUCUAUACUUUCUCCUUAUUCCUUGCCUUGGUUCAUCUAUGAGCAGGCCCCAGUUUACACCAUACCACUGCCUAAAACCAUGCCAUAAAGAGAGAGAUUGAAGCAUCACCCAUGUCUGUAGUGCUGUCAUAACUGCAGGAUGUUCUUCACUAUGGACUUAGUAUCAGACAAAUCAUAGAAAUAACCAGCAGGAUGUCUUAUGAGAUAAAACCUCUGUGUACCUCUACGAUCAUAUUCUAAAUCCUCUAAAAUGGGUAUAGAUUUAUACAUUGAUUAAAGUACCCCAAUGUACCAUGAAUUGUACAUGCCACAUAUAAAAAUGAAAUGACACGAAA